GUGAUUAGGCUGUGUUUGCCUAGAAAUACGGGUUUUAUGUAUAGUUCUAGGACUCCUAGGGACUUGUGCUCGUAAUAUGUUCAAGAUAUAGUUGUUACGCAUGUGAUAUACUGUUGUUAAAGUCAAGAAACGUUGUUAAAUGGUGUAAUUACCUUAGUAAACGUAGGUUAUGACGUUUACUACGUAGCGAAGUGUGUUUGUGUGAGUGAAUUCGACAGGUCGUGACAGCAUUGCCGUUGAAGCGAAUCUUAACGGGAUAACUAUGCGAGCGGUUUGCCGUUCUAAAUACGGCGCAAAGGCACAUUAAGCUGUGAAAAUCAAGAUGGCGGUUGCGCGCCAAAUCCCGCGUGAGCGUCAGAUGGCGCUUCCGCGUCGGUUCCGUUCGAAGUCAUUAGUGUGUUGACAGUGGUGGUGAAGUGUCGUGAUGGUGAUGUGUGUUGUGUAGAAUGGGUGAGGAACGGUCGCGGCGGCUGUCUCAGCUGUUUGACCCGCUGGCGCGGUUCACGGACCACAGUGGCGCGGGCCAGUCGGCGAGCACGCCGAAUAGCCCGCGGCUCAUGCCGCGCAGGUCCAGGGAUCCACCGCCGCCGCCGCCAAGACCCGUGGGUCAGUCCCGCGUGGACCCGCUCGACUUCGAGCUGGACACAGAGCUGGGGUCCGUGAACUGGCAGGAGCGAUGCCUGGAGCUGCAGCUGGAACUCCACAGAAGCCGGCACCAGGCCACCAGGGUGCACCACAUGCUGAGUGAAAAGGCUUCAAGCUGGACUAUAGAGCUGGGGUCCGUGAACUGGCAGGAGCGAUGCCUGGAGCUGCAGCUGGAACUCCACAGAAGCCGGCACCAGGCCACCAGGGUGCACCACAUGCUGAGUGAAAAGGAACGAUGCCUGGAGCUGCAGCUGGAACUCCACAGAAGCCGGCACCAGGCCACCAGGGUGCACCACAUGCUGAGCGAAAAGGACAAAUAG